AAGAAUGUUAUCAACGUUCAACCGGCUUACUCUUGUUGCACGUCAUCUGAGUCCGAACGGACUGAGUCGUUCACCAGCAGCUUUAAUUAGCACACGUAGGUGCCAAUCGUCAUUUGCUACACAAAAUCUAACUUCAAAUCAUCGUCGAAAUAUGUAUCGUAUCGAAGAAAGAGGAGCUCCCAACACCUUGGAACACCGAGUGUAUUUCCGAAAUGAAUUUGGACCCAUCUCCCCUUUCCAUGACAUUCCUCUAUUUGCCAAUCAUGAACAGAAGGUUUUCAACAUGGUAGUGGAAGUACCACGCUGGACAAAUGCUAAAAUGGAGAUAUGUAAGGAAGAGCCUCUUAAUCCAAUUAAGCAAGAUGUAAAGAAAGGAAAAUUAAGGUUUGUUGCCAACUGUUUCCCCCAUCAUGGCUACAUCUGGAACUAUGGAGCACUCCCUCAGACUUGGGAAAAUCCAAAUAUUGUGGAUGAAAGAACUGGAUGCAAGGGAGACAAUGAUCCUAUUGACGUCUGCGAAAUUGGACACAGGGUUGCUAAACGAGGAGACGUCAUUCAAGUCAAAGUUUUGGGAACUAUUGCAUUGAUUGAUGAAGGUGAAACGGAUUGGAAGGUCAUGGCAAUUGACGUUAAUGAUCCUUUGGCUUCUCAGCUGAACAACAUCGAAGACGUUGAGAAACAUAUGCCUGGUUUUAUGAACGCCACUGUUGAGUGGUUCCGUAUUUACAAGAUCCCUGACGGAAAACCCCCUAACGAGUUUGCGUUCAAUGGAGAGGCUAAGCCGCGUGAAUUUGCUUUAGAAGUGAUUGAAGAGACUCACGAACAUUGGAAGAAGAUGGUUGCCGGUCAAGUUGACUGCCAUGGGGUUAAUAGUACCUGCGUAAGUGCCGAGGGUGCUCCAUGCAAAGUUUCUAUUUCCGAAGCACAGGAAAUUGUUAAGAAGUGUCCGGAACUGUCAGAUGGACCCAUUAUCGAAAACGAAGUGGACAAAUGGCAUUAUUCCCACCUGCAAAAGUAGGAAAUCCCCGCGCCAACACUAACUGGGAAAAGAUAAUCUGCUUAUAAGGUUUAGUGAUCCCGUUGCAGAUAUCGAUAAUAUAUUCCAAGUUAUUUGAGACCAUAUAGAAUUUUCCAUUUCAUUGCAGUUGCCUUUCUUCUUCUUUUUUUUUUUUUGCAAAUAGGGAAUGCAAUUAAUUUUGUCUUCGAAAGACAUGUUAUAACAAAAGCUGGAGAGAUUUGAAAAGAUUGAUUUCUUUCUGAGAUCAGUUUUCCACGAAAAGGGAACACAAAGCUUGACGGUGAUGAAAAGGAAAUUGUCGAUUCUAUGGAUAGGCGUUCUUAACUUUUGUCAUAAACAUUGGGGUUCAUUCACUUGCAAAAUGACCCUGGAAACCAUUAAGAUGUUUUUCCCUGUUAACAUUGCCUGUAAAGGGCUGUCUUGUUUUCGUGUGGGUAGGGGGCAGGUUUGGGACAGGUGCUUCGAGGAUUCAGAGGGUGAAGAAGAGGGGAGCGAUUAUUAGUCAUCGACAAAGAAAAAGUCCAAAGUUUUUCAAAAAUCUUGUAGAAUUUUUUUUGUUUUGGAAGAAGAGACAAGUCAACAAGGUUUUUUUUAAAAAAGCUAAAGGCGAUAGUUUUGACCCCGUUUUCUCAUCUUGUCUGAAUGUUUAAGGGUAAAAAGGUAAUCACAAAUUUCCCGUUAUUUCUUAUUUUUACUCCCCCUCACUGUUUCUGCCUAUUUCAAUUUUAAAUCGUUUUUUGACCACAUGUUCCUAGACUAGACUGCUUCACAAUUUCUAUUAUUAUUCAGAAUUGUCUUGUGCGUGAGUUAUUUUCAAGUAAAAACAAAAGCAAUAAUUAGAAAUCAAAACCGCAAGUUUGAUCAAGACUUUGAUAACACGAGACUGAAGGCUAGAAAUUCUGUUAAACCGGACGAUCUUAUUCUCCUUUGCUUUACUGUGUUUGCAGACUGCAAGUCUGCAAAAUUAAUUGAGGAAUGUAGGUUAAUAAUAAAAGCCCCCCCCCCCCCAAAAAAAAAAAUUUAAUCUGGGCUUAGAGGAAGUUGAUGAAUAAAUUCAUAGAACGUGUUUAGAUUUGGUUGGCAAUCGCAUAAUGAUGGAUUACAUAAUAUCUAGCUGGAAGAGGUGGAAGUUUUUUUUAUUCUGAGCGGAUUUGCCAACAGGUACUACUUUGCUAUAUACAUUGUAAGAAAUAAAACAGCACGCGACACGAUUUGAUAAUCAAGACUUGUUUCAAAUUCAAAUGUGAAAUAGACGCAAUGAACCAUUUUACAAUGGUCGUCCAUAGGGGCAAUUCUUAAAUAAAUUCGUGUUUUAAAAUGCUGCCGGUGUUGCUCUCCGUUUUUGUGCAUGAAAUUUGGCAACAGUUAUUCAAGCAGAGUCCGGUUAUACCGAGCUCUUCUUAUCUUUCAACCAUCAUACUUGCCUAAUAAGUCCAACAUGAUUUUUAAAAAACAUUAGUUUUGCCGAGUCGGUGCUAACGCGUUUAUGACUAAUUUGGUCAUGUUUUAUCUCACUGUUAACUGAUGAUUUUCCCCGCAACCUGAUUCUAUUUGCCAGGUGGGUAUUUCUAACGGGAAAGAAUUCUUCUGAUAACUACCGAAUUUCCCAAAAAUGAAUUGUGUCGUGCUACUCAAAAGUGUCUCAACAUGUUGUAUAGUCUUCCUGUCAAAAAUCAAGAAUAAGGCUACACGCUUCAUCAGUUUUAAUUCAGAUUACGUACGCAGCUGUUGCGUAUUUGGCACCGUUUGAUAAACCUACUAUAUUUUUAUUCGUCCCGCAUAAAAUUAUUAGUUUUGAACGACAACAGUUAGACGGAAACGGCAUUUUCGCAAAAAAUAAAUAAAUUAUGCUGAUGGAUGGUUAUGUCCGUGAGCUAUAUGCUGGCCAUGAAUUGAGUCAUCGGAAAACCAGUCGGAGGUUUUUUCCCCCGGAACACGCAGGUACCGUCGCACCCCGCUAAGAGAACUAGCCGACCCGUUGCCCUAUAAAAACGGCACAAAGAAAGGAGAAAGAAAAAAAGAAAUUGCACAACGAGAGAAUUGGAGUCAAUAACCUUGAAAAUAUGCAAACACGCACGUUUUUCCUAACCGCUAUUUCCCAUCGGCACACAUAAAGGAAAUAACGAUAAACAAAAGAAAAGAAAAGCUAUAGCUUGAUAAAGAAAAAGACAAUGGAAGACACGUAGAACAACGUUCAUAUCAUGACAGUCAAAUUCGAUGAAAUAUCUUUGAAAUAGAUUAUAUAAAACAUGAAAAUUGAUUACAUUUUGUGAUCUCUUUUGGACAGAAAAGAUUUCAUCACACAUUCAAUUUAUGCAGGUCACAGCAUUGUGAGUGCAUAUAGGCUAUCUUCAAUAUUCCGACGGUGACUUUUGAAAAGUCUUCCGGAUUUCACAAGGGGAAACAAAAAAUAAACACUUUUUCUAUCGUUCGUUUCCUGGUGGUUUUGAUAUGCGCAGAUGAUGGUCGUCAUGCUCUGAAAGCCCAUUUGAUAUUGAAAUCCGUUAGGUUAUUUAUCUGUUAACGUUGCCUCGUGAACCGGUACACGAGCGAAAUUUAUGAUAGAUUCCUAUACACACAAGCUCGAUUGAUGUUUUUUAAAAAAACAAAAAGUCGAUUUAGCUACUAGUUUAACAUGUGAUGGUGGAAUACUACAACAAAGAGCAACCCCGCUGCUGCAAUAGAGUUGACCUAGAAAGAAAAGAAAACCGAAACAAAAAAUUACCCAGUGACCAGUUGGAUGAUAACCCACGCGUUUAGAAAACUCGCAAGAUUUCCAAGCUACACAUCCUGGUCCUGGUGUGUGCAGCAGCUAGCACACAUAGUAGGCCUUACUCUAUUUUCACUCUAUACUUUCCAUUUUGUGUGUUUUUAUUUUCUCUUUCGUCUGAUGUACGUGUAGAGAAAAGGAGAGGAGGCAGGCAGGCAGUCAGUCAGGCGGGCGUAUACGGAUAUGACGAAAUGAAUUUGUGAUGGCCCCACGAUUCUUCUGGAAUGAAAAAACCGUGUUUCCCCAUUGGAUACGAGGGUAAAAUGUCCGACUUGAAGAAGAGGCAGAAUAAAUGUGUUGGCCGACAACAGGAAGGGAAAUCAGGUCAGCAGCGCAUCGAGGUGAAAGCGACUUGGGCUGCGCCAGGCGCUCUGCGGUUGGCCGCCUACCUUUUAAAAAGAAAGAGCUCCAGCAUUUGGCGAUUUGGAAGCGAGCUAAGUGCGUCAGUCGUCUCCAAACUCGUCUGCCGGUCGCACACACGCCACUGGAUUUCGUUCGUCAAUUCAACUUUUUUUCAACAGCAAUCAGACAGCAAACCCGCAAUCAUGAGAGGUUUCGGACUGUUGGCUAUCAUCUCCUGCGUUUGGAUUCUCUUGGUCCUUCUCCUGUCAGUCGAGGCUGUACCGUUAGCUGGCAAAACAGGUGAAGAUUCCGGCAUGCCUACAGAGCCUGAGAAGAUGGUUAACAAAACUACUUCCGUCUACGAUUAUGUCACUCCCGAGGUUAUGUCGACUGUAGUCGGAGCUGCCUUGGGCGACCAAGACUGUCUCCGCUAUUCGGCCUGCAAAGCCGGAAACUACGUAGCCGAUGUUACCGGCAAGGAGAUUGUUUUGAUGGUUCUGGACCGUUGGGUUCCCAAUAGCUGGCAAGGUACUUUGCGCGCCUUUAAGGAGGCAGCCACCUACAAGGAUGACUGCAAGAAACAAUUCCCCUGUUCCAACCCCCAGCAGGAAUAGAGAGACACAGCGGGACGCGAGUCGUUUCCAGAAAUUACAAUUUUUUUUAACCCUCCUAAUUUAAUGACCAUAAUUUUAUUAUUAACGGAUGCCUUGUUUUAUUUGUCGGAAGGUCGUUGAUCGACCAUUUCCAUCAACAGAAAAAUAAAAAGCUGUAUUUUGUUCCCUUA